ACAAGUUCGUUUAGAUAAAAGUUAAUCUUUCAACUCAGAGGAUUUGGUGACACAAGUCAGUCCAAUUCUUGUAGUUUGGUUUGGUUGGUGUCUUAAAGCUCAUCCUCCUCUUUUUCUCCCGAUAAUCUGCGGUGUGGUCCCCCCAUUUCCGGAACUAAGAAUUUUCGUGCCCCCAGGUGUAUGAGGCGUGCACAUCAGCGAGAAAUGGAAGCACAACAGCACACCCAGUGCAACGGGGACGGAUCAGCUUUACCCACUAAAUUCUUGAAGAAAGUCUUGGAUAUUCCUGUCGUCAAGUUUGGCGUGGGACAUGCCGCCGGACUUUAUGGAAGGGUUAAGGAUUUCAACACCAUCACUCACAAAUCACUGGAACUUGCGGAGAGUGUUACGGGCGCCGUGGUCGGUCGUGUGACCCCAUUUGCGCAGAGAGGUCUUUGCCUUGCCGGUCAACCUCUGCAUAAGAUUGAUAACUUUGCCGCCACAGGACUCGCAAAUUUGGAGGAUAAAGUUCCUGUCAUUAAGCAAGAGCCGCAAGUGAUAAUGUCCGACGUGACGGGAGCAGUAACACACAAACUUUUGGAAACCAAGCUUCGUGUCACUAAAGCGUCAGAAGGCGUCCUCAUCUCACGUCCGGUCCAGACUUAUUUCGACAUUUUACAAUUUAUUCUUGGCACAGCGUCAAAGACAUUGGACAAAGUUUUGCCACCGAGUGAUGAUGAGCAAGACAAACGCAAGACUCACACGACUGGUGAAGACGAAAAGAGGUCUGAACGAGGGUGGAACCUUCUCGCUCAAUUCUUCGGACUUUUGGGAACGGCAAAGGAUCGCGUCGUUGGUCGGGUCCGUCACCGGCUCGAGAGCACGUCCAACGUGGCAGACGCCGUGUUUAAGGAGGCAAAGAAGGCCGUGAACCACGCCUUGCCCAUUGCCUCAGACAAGGAUUCAACUAACGCGGACUCUACAAUGUCCUGCAACUCUUCCGUCUCCUCGAACGCGUCCAGCAAAGGGGGCAAGAACAAGAACAAAGGAAAGGAUCACAGCGCCGGGGACUAAAUAAUUCUUAUAUUCUUACGUGUGUUUCCUCCAUCAUUCAUCCAUUACCCUCAAAACAACACCUUUUUUUCUUGACGAGGGGAAGCUAAUUAAUUGGUUAUCUUUAGUGAUGAUGCGAUAAUUACUUACCCUUAUGCAUACAUAUGUUUAUUCUAAAUUAAAAUUAUAGGUCAACGAGUUGGUAGUUUAAUCUUAGGUUCGAGCUGAAGGAAGAGGACAAAUUAUCAUUAGUUUUGUUGUAAUUAGGACCUUAGUUGGAGAAGAAAAUGCUUGAAUAGGAUAUUAUUUUGGUAAAUAUGAUGAUAUGAAAUUUAUACCAUACAAAUUUCAUUACGAAUUGAAUAAAAAGUUAAAAUUUA